AAAGGGGAAACUCGGCGGGCGCCGCGGGGCGCCGUCUGAGGCGGGGCGGGCAGCGCGGGCGGAAGUCGCUCCGUCGUGGUGCUGCCGUGGCGUCGCCGCGGGGCUGGGAGCCCGAGGUAGGCGGGCGAGCCGCAGAGACGGAGAGGGGGACGCGGGAAGGAACGUGAGCCUCCCGGGCGCUGUAGGCUUCCCGCGGCCGGGCCCGGACCGCGGCCGUGCUCUUCCUGGGGCUUGUGUCCGGCCUCUCGCCCGCUCCCGCUGCGGCUCCGCUUCCAGCCUCUUCUCCCAAACCGUAGCCGGCGCCCCCUUCCUCAGCCCUGUUUUCUCUUAUCGCCUCCUUCCGUGUCCUCCCAGCUCCCCGCCCCCUUUUGUUAAGCACCUACUGUGUGCAGAGCGCUGAGCAGGCCACUGAAACGAUCGACCCUGCCUGCCCUUGCCUUCCGCGGGAGAGAAACCCUUGAACCUACUUAGCACCAGCCGAAUCCAAAAGCAUAGCGUUGGGGCUCAGCGAGGGAAGAGAAAAUGUAGUUCUCGUCCCGGACCCAAACCUCGGUAUCUCCAUUUAUAAAGCAGGGAUAAUAACGCCUAGGAAUGCGCGAAGCAAGCUAAAUAAAUGUCCCGUACAUCUCCUAUGUAAAGUAAGCCAAUUGGACCCAACCAUUUCCCUCCCCUUCCCCCCUCCCCCUUUUUUCCAGGUCACAAAUUGCGGUAGCAUCCCGUUUAGACGCCGAUCAUUGACAUUAAGAAAGAACAGAAAUAUUGUCCUAAAUGAUGAUAACCAUGAGAGAACUUCAUUUGUCUUUGAUGAUGCUUUGCAACAGAAUGAAAAACUCAACAUCAAAUUCACUUUAAAGAGUUGGGUGUUAUGAGGAUAGGAAGGAGAUAAACUUUCAGGUGGACAUUAGGGCAUCUAAACUCGAUUGAAUCUAGGGCAGCAGCAGUUUAUGUUUUAGUGGAACAAGACUAUGCAAGAUGUCUAUGGGCAAUCCAGUGCUCAAUUGGGAUGUUUCACCAAAAAAUGGUCUGGAUGUAUUUUUCUCACAAGAAAAAUAUGAAGAAUAUUCUUUGACUCCUACUUUAAAGGAACUACUUAUUUUGUCCAAAAGACCUAUAGGAGAAAAUUUGGAUGCAUCAGCAAACCCUGUGGAAAAUGAACCAGCAGUUAAUUCAGCAGCUCAAGCAAAUGGGGAUGUUAAAACCACAAUAGAAAUUGUUCCCUUCCCAGAACCAAGAAUUCCUUAUCCUUAUUUCUCUCGUUUCUCAGAAAGAGAACAGAAAUGUUAUGUGGAUUUACACAAUAAAUAUUCAAAAAAGCCUAUAAAUUUCAAGACUGUAGGGUUAAAUAAGAAGGAAUAUUUCCAGUACAUGGACAUGAAAAAAUGUGUAAAUGAUGAAGUUGCUGAAUUUCUAAAGUUUCUUCAGAAUGCUGCAAAAAGUUGCAGUCAAGAUUAUGAUAUACUCUCAGAUGAAGCACUUUUAUUCACAAAGCAAUUUUUAAGUGCUUCAAUUGAACAAGUAAAAAAGUAUCCUGAAAUUUACUCCCUCCAUGAAAUCACUAGCUUAAUGGGAUUCCUCCCAACUAGAACAGAGAUGGGAUUAAAAUUAGAGAAAACUGUCCUUGCAUUGGGUAAUGUAAAGUUUGCAAAAUUAUCAUUUCCUUUGAUGCCUGCUGAGUUGCCACUCUCCAUAGAUUAUAAAUCUACAUCAACUAUUGAUACACCAGAGCAGAAAGCUGCUGCAAUACAUUAUGAUAUUAGUACAGAUCCAAAUGCUGAAAAACUUGUGUUGAGAUAUCAUCCUCAGAUAGCUCUCACCAGUCGAUCCUUAUUUACCUUGUUGAAUAAUCAUGCACCUAAUUAUAAAGAACAAUGGGAAAUUCCAGUGUGUGUGAAGAUCAUUCCAAUUACAGGUUCCAAGUCAAUGAAAAUAAUUUAUAUUGACUCACCUCUUCCCAAGAAAGAAAUGACAGUAAGAGAAAGAAAUCAAAUAUUUCAUGAAGUACCAUUGGAUCUUUUGACAACCAAAACUUCGGCUAUUCCUGUCUCUGCUGUAUUUAUGGAUAAACCAGAGGAGAAUAUAUUUCAGUGGGAUGUGCCUUCUGAUAUUAAGCAGUGCCGAAGAAUUGAGACUUUUGAUGAUUUAGAUCUGAGUUUUGAUGAAGAUGUUACAGAAUUAGAAACUUUUGGAGUAACAGCUAACACACCAUUAAAAACUUCAAACACAUCAAGCCUUUCCACGUCAUCUACUGUAACCAACCUUACCACAACAUCAAGCACAGCAACUGUUCCCUCUAAUCCUAUAAGUUUAUCAAAGAUUCUGAUGGAACAAUUGAAAAAAGAGAAAGAAUUGGUGACCAGUGUAAACAGUGGGCCAGAAGAGCAAAAAAUUAAAGAUAAUCAGGAACUUUCAUUGUGUGACAAUGUUCUAGAUGCUAAAAAAGCACAGUUGUAUUUGUCUGGUAAUGAAUCAAAGCAAUCUGAAUGUGAUUCCUCCUCAUCCAAAGACUUUGAAAAAGAAAAAAGUGAAUUAAGUGAAGAAAAUGAUACAACUUCAGAUGAAGAAUGUGGUACUAAUAAACUAAAGGUCCUAGAGAAAACAAAUACUUUUAAAGAAAAAAUUGAUAUAUCAGAAGCAAGUAACGUUCAAAGUGCUUCUUGUAAUAGUGAUACAGAUGAAGAACGUUUAAUUAUUGACAUAGAAUGUAAAAAUCAUGAUAAUACCAAGCAAGAGAUUCCUGUCCUUAAUUCAAGUCCUGUGCUAGAUACUCUAAGAUCUCCUGGGCCUAUUCAAAUUUCUUCUGAAAACAUAACUGAUGCUCCUUGUAGUCACGAACAGAAAAAAUGUACUAUAAAAAAGUCUGGUAAAAGAUUAUAUAAGAAAUUCGAUCCAGUUGGACAAAUUUUAAAAAUGCAAAAUGAACUCUUAAAACCAACGUCAAAGAAAGUCCCUGAGCAGGCCUUUCUGAAUCUGGAAAAUUCUAAACCCCCACCAAUAGUCCUUGCUCCUGAACAACCAGGCACUUCUACUGAUACACUUAAGUCUAAAUGUUCUUUAUUUCAGAAACCAAAAGGACGAUUAUUACCACACAGCCUUCAGAUGUUUGUUGAAAACAAAUCAGAAUACUUAACACCUCAAGAAGGAAAUCUUGUUUAUAAGUUAUUCAACUUUCAAGAUCUCCUAUUACUUGUACGUUGUGGUAUCCAGAAAGUAGAGACAAGGCCACGUUCCAAAAAACGGAAAAAUGUUAGAAGGCAAUCUCCAGUUUACAUAUUGCCAAAAUUGGAGUAUCAAGCCUGCUAUGGUGUUGAAGCUCUUACUGAAAGUGAACUUUGUCGCUUAUGGACUGAAAGUUUGUUACAUUCUAACUGCUUGUUUUAUAUUGGACAUAUUGAUGCAUUUACAUCAAAACUUUUUAUGCUCGAAGAAAUUCCCAUGGAUGUACUCAAAGAGAAGUUUGCAACACUCAAUACUCCAAAUGCAUUUAAUGUUCUCCAGCAUAUUCUGAAGAAAAUAAGUAGUUUGCAGGAGGGCUCCUACUUGCUGAGUCAUGCAGCAGAAGAUUCUUCACUUUUGAUCUACAAAAACUCUGAUGAAAAAUUUUCCAGAACAGCCUAUAAUUUGCAUAAAGCUCAUUGCACUUUACCCACUAUACCAUCCAGUCUUUCUGUUCCUUGGGUCCCCUUAGAUCCCACAGUUCUGUUACCUUAUCAUAUUCAUCAUGGAAGAAUACCUUGUACUUUUCCACCUAAAUCUCAAGGCUCUACAAAGCUGCAAAAGGUUGGUGGAACACGAGUGCCUGUUCCUGGGCACAGGAAUCCAAUAACUGCAGAAACAAAGAAUAGUAGCCUGCCUGCUCAGCAAUCUGAAAACGAAGGUGUGGUUCCAAAGAAAAGGAAGCAAAAUAGCCAUAAAAAGUCAAUAUAGUAGAAAAUGGCAAUUUAGAAAGGACAGACAUAGCAAAAUAAAGCUAUUUCAGGGGGAAAGAUAUCGAAGAGAUAUUUAUUCUGGCAGUUGGAAAAACUUCCAGAAUUUUUCUGGAAAACAUAAUCUCUUCACAUUGUACCUCAGAUUCAGCAGGAAUUCAUGCCAAAAGGCAUCUGAUUUUUUUAAGUCACUAAAUUUAUUAAACCUAAGAGGACCUUUUCAUUCUAUAGAUAUUAUUCAAAGUGCUUUGACAAAAAUAAGCUUAAUUGUGUCAAUAAAUAAAUAAAAUAAGAUGGAAUUUUGUUUUCAUCACCUUUGCAGCUGGAAAUGUUUUUCGUCUUUACCAUCUUAAGAUAAUGAAGUAAAUCAGAGAAAGUAAUCAGGUUUUAGCAGGAGAUCUUGCUAAAGAAUUUGUAGUCCAAGGAAAACAUUGGCUUUCCUCAAUAUUUAACAUCACUUGCAAUAGUCACAUAAAGCAGAAGAUCACCUGGAUUUCCAGUCAAAUCUGAGUGUGAAUUCCAGCUGUCUUCCCUAUUACUUUUAUGACUGCUAGCAAAUCACUUUGCUGUUCUCUUUUAUAAAAUGGUGGAACUGUAUUUUUCUCUCAAGGUCCUUCAAAGUUCUAAAACCAAUAAAUUUAGGAUUUAGGAUUGUUAUAAAGUAUUUUGUUGUACAUCUCUAAAUUUUACCUACCCUUGGUAGGAUAAUCUUGCCUUUCUGAAAAAUGUCUUUUACUAUAACUUGUGUCAGACUGGUAUGUGGAACUUGAUGUACAAUUUUGUUAGAUCAUUUUUGUUGUUAUUGGGCAUUUUUUUUUUUUUUUGGCAGAGUAGUUAUUUCAAAUAAACCUUUUUUGCCCCCAUUUAUAUCAGUAUUUGAUCACCAGUAGUGUAAACACUUGGUAAAGUUUCAGUACUAAAGUCAGCAUAGUACACCCUUCUUCAAAAGUUACAUUUUCUGACAAUGUAACCUUAAGUUUGAAAAGGGAAUGAGACAUUUUGGGUUUGACAGGUUGGAUAGCUUUAAAAAUUCAGUCAUAUUUUGGUCUUAAUCCCCUCUGAGAAAUGAUAUAUGUUAGUGAUUUCAAAGAUAUGUUCUGUUCAUGUGUUACUUGUAAAGUUCAAAACUAUUGCAAAUGAUUGCAAUCAACAAAAAACC